AUGGGGAUGAAUCCAUACGAAGCCGACCCAAUGCGGGUGCCAAAGAAAGACCCAUACCUGAGUCGCAGCCCUCACUACGGUCGCUAUGUUCCUCGCGCAGACGAUUUUGUGCCUAGGAGCACUGGCUGGCAUUCUGCUGCUCAGUCAGACGACGACGACGACUCCUCCUCCCCUGCCGUCUACUGGAAGGAAAUUGUGGACCGACAUUGCACGCCUCAGAAUUCUUUGAAUGCGGCUGGGUCGUCGCAAAAUGUUUUUUCGGUGGGUAAGGUGAUUGUUCGCGUGGAUCAUGGGAACUCUGAUGACGAAGGCCAUGCGAUGGAGAAAUAUGCGGCGGCGCUGAAUGCGAACGAACUGACAGCCUCCAAAAAGGCCGAAGAAGCUUUGAAGGAUCUCCAGGUCGCCGUGCCGACGAUUCUCUUUUGCGGACUGAUCGAUGGGAAUAACGUGGUGGUUGAGACGAGGAUACCGGGCGUUUCCUUGGAGGUUGCUUGGAACUACCUCUCAGAGUCUCUGAAACAGGACUUCAAGAGACAGUGCCAGCGGAUUCUCCGGCGCUUGGCGACCGUCGACGAGUUCCCGGUUGCUCCGUCGUAUAUGUGCCGAGACCUGAACGCCAUAGCGCAACCCGAUGUGCCCGACGUUGAGCGCGAUAUCCUGUUUGCUCCACGAGAGGGCGACGAAGAACUAUGCUUUGUUCAUAAUGACAUGGUACGACCGAAUAUAAUAGUGGACGACGACCGGGUUGUUGGAAUCCUCGGAUGGCGACAAAGCGGUUUCUUUGGCCACGACCGGGCACAGCGCAUUCAUCGUUUACUUCGAAUACCCGAACGAUCACACAUUUUUGCAUCUGGCGAGAGGUCUACGCAUGACCAAGCAUGGGCUGACUUGUACGACGCAUUGCUCAUUGAUGAAAGCGUUACUACUGCUCGGAAUAACCACGAUCUACAAAAUGGAGGAGAGCCCAUGGUGAAAACCGAAUCGCCUGCCGCGAGUAUCGAAAAGGUCCCCACGAGCCCAACACUGCAGUCUGGCCAUUUGUCGCAACUGGAUGGAACUGACGAGCAUCCGACACCAAAGAAGAUUACCGAUCUGAAGCGCGGCUCGAUAUCGAGAGCAUCGUCGAUUGACAGAUCCUCGCCGUCGGCACCGCUCAACCCGUCCAAAUUGGGACCGAAUGCCCGCAAGUCGUCAUCUUCUGCGUCAACCAAGAAAGCGUCAACGGCGAAAAAAAUGCAGCCCAAAAAGCGUAAACUCGACGCGCUCGAGCUGGACAGUGGUGCCAACAACGGCGAGCGACGGUCAAAUAGCCCGGCAUCUUCCAAGGCCAGCAAGGGCUCAGGGGUAACCAAAAAGCUAGAGUCUGUCUCCGCUGCAGGCUCACCGGCACCGCCGGAGAGAACCAAAAAAGGCGGUAAAAAGCGUGGCAAAAAGACAACAAAGCAAGCGGCGGGGGACGACGACGAUGACAGCGACGUCGAGAACCCUGACGAGAUUUUUUGUAUCUGCCGCAGACCUGAUAAUCAUACCUGGAUGAUCGGGUGCGACGGCGGUUGUGAGGACUGGUUCCAUGGGAAAUGUGUCAAUGUCAAUCAAGAAGAUGAGGAGUUGAUUGAACGAUACAUCUGCCCCAACUGCACUGCAGCCGGCAAGGGCAAGACGACAUGGAAACCAAUGUGUCGAUUAAAAGACUGCCGAAAACCAGCGCGCCUGUCGAAGAAAAAAAUCAGCAAAUACUGCUCCGACGAGCACGGCCGCGAGUUUAUGCGUCGGUUGACACAGCGCCUCAUUAUAAAACCUUCCCCCGUGGCCUUUGAUCGGAUACGUGCACUGAAUAAUAAUAAUAAUAGCAAUGGAGAUAGCCGCAGUGUUGUUGAUGGCGACGGCGAUUCGCCCAUGGAAACAAACGACGAGGACGAUGAAGAUAACCAGCAAAGAAUAAUGCCAGAGGAUCUGGGAAGCAGAGGCGGCGUGCUGACUAUCGGUGACCUCAAAGCUGUAGUCAUGCGCGUAUCGUCUGCAGACGAAUUCCGUCGACUGGGCGAACGCCUCAUCUCACCACCACCAUCAGUUGUUGUUCCUCCUCCAAUUUCCAAAAAGGAAGACAAAGAAUCCGAAAAAACAUCAUCAUCAAAGAAACAAACAGCAGCAGCAGCUGCUGCUGCUGUAGAAGAAGAAUACGACAUGACCAACAAAAUGGGCCUAGACAUUCAUCCUGCCGGCGUCAUCUACAGCACAGCAGAGGAAGCUAAACUUCAAAAGUUGCGAAAACGACGCGCCGAAUACCGUCGCCGCGCCGAAAUGAUCGUUCAACGAGAUCGAUUCCUAGGCCUUGUGCGCGCGAGAGCCAAGACUGUCUUGGACCGGUUAAAGGCGAAAGAACCCAAGGGCGGGUGGAAAGAUAUCUGUGGGUUUGACGCGCGCAUGGCCUGGAAUGAAGAAGAGCUGGACGAGUGGCUGCAAACCGAAGCUGGACGCAAAGCCUUUGAGGAAGAUAAACUCGAAGCUGAAGAGCUACAAACGAAUGGCACAGAUUCGAAGAUGCAACGAGAUCCAGCCGAUACUGAUGACGACGAUGACGACGAGAAAGAGGAGAAAAACGUCGAUGCCGAGUUCGCAGAGCUGUCGCGUGGUGUCUGUAUCAAGAAAAGAUGUGACCGCCACAAGCAAUGGGUGAGACUGGUCCAACAGGACAUCCAGUUUGAGCAGGCCAUGCUCAAAUGCGACUUUGAAGAGUGCGAAAAAGAAGCGAACGCACUUGUGGAGGGUGCUGUUCUGCGUAUAUGCAGUCAAGAGUUAUAA